CGCGGCGCGGCGCGGCGCUGGGCAUAAAAGGACGGUCGGGGCGGCGCGGGAGGAGCGCUGGGACGGCGGGAGGCGCGGGUGGAAACUGAGCCGACUGCGGGAACGAAGCCCUUGGUUCCUUUCCUUUACGCCACCGACCCUGCUUUCCUAGCCGUCGCCGCUAUGGUGAAGAUCGUGGGCAGCCUGGUUGAAUUUGAGGCAGAACUGAAAUCUGCUGGUGAGAAGCUUAUAGUAGUUGAUUUCUCCGCCACGUGGUGUGGACCAUGCAAAAUGAUCAAGCCCUUUUUCCACAGUUUGUGUGAGAAGUAUGGUGAUGUGAUAUUCAUAGAAAUCGAUGUGGAUGAUGCCCAGGAUGUUGCUUCACACUGUGAUGUGAAGUGCAUGCCAACGUUCCAGUUCUACAAGAAUGGAAAGAAGGUGCAGGAGUUCUCUGGGGCCAAUAAAGAGAAGCUGGAAGAGACCAUUAAAAGUCUAGUCUAAUCUCCAGAAAUGAAGACAUUGAAGUGUGGCUGCUUUGGCUAAAUUACAGCCUGCAACUUUUCUACUUAAAAAAAACCAUAAACAAGCUAGCUAGAUUAAAUGGUGCAAAUUAUCUUCUUGGUCCGUGUAUAUGAGUAAAAUAAAGUAUAAACUCUUCACUUUU